AUGGGAUGUAAAGGGUCAGCUUUUAGCUGCUGUUGGGAGAGAUGGCAGCUAUCUGCAAAGCUGGAUCUUCAAGAUGGCAAAAACAUAGCAAUCAUAUCAGACAAACAAUCGGGAUUAGUUAAAGCAAUUCACGAAAUCAUUCCACAAGCUGAGCAUAGGCAAUGUGCUAGGCACAUCAUGGACAAUUGGAAGAGAAAUAGUCAUGACAUAGAGCUACAACGACUAUUCUGGAAAAUUGCUAGAAGUUACACAGUAGGGGAAUUUGGUGGUCAUAUAGAAGCAUUGAGGAGUUACAAUCCAAGUGCUUAUGAUUCGCUACUAAAAACUAACCCGAGAAGAUGGUCUAGAGCAUUUUUCAGGAUUGGAAGCUGCUGCAAUGACAACUUAAACAACCUCUCCGAGUCUUUCAAUAGAACCAUCCGCCAGGCCAGACGGAAACCUUUGCUAGACAUGUUAGAAGAUAUUAGAAGACAAUGUAUGGUGCGUAAUGAGAAGAGGUAUGUCAUUGCUGGUAGGUUGAAGACUAGAUUCACAAAGAGAGCUCAUGCUGAGAUUGAGAAGAUGAUUGUUGGAUCGCAGUUCUGUGAAAGGUGGAUGGCAAGGCAUAAUAAACAUGAGAUACGAUGUGGUGAUGUCAAAGUCUGUGUUGAUAUGAGUGAUCGGACAUGUGGCUGCAGGAAAUGGCAGAUGACUGGUAUACCAUGUGUUCAUGCAGCAUCUGUCAUCAUAGGAAAGAAAGAGAAGGUGGAAGACUAUGUUGUUGAGUGGUACACAACUAGAAUGUGGCAGUUAACUUAUGCUGAUGGUAUUGCGCCUGUUCAAGGCAAUCUUUUGUGGCCAAGAGUGAAUAGACUAGGAGUGUUGCCACCUCCAUGGCGAAGGGGCAAUCCUGGGCGGCCAAGUAAUCAUGCUAGGAGGAAAUCACAGUUUGAGUCUGCUACCAAGUUAUCACGCGUGAAUCGAGUCAUGACAUGUUCUAAUUGCAAGCAAGAAGGACACAACAAACAAGCAUGUACGAAUCAGAGAGUUGCAACUCCACCAAGAAGAAGAAGGGUUCGACCAAGAAAAGUUCAGGAGCCGAGGGUUAUAUUGUUUGGACAAGGACAACCAUUGCAAGGAGAAACAUCUCAGGGAGCUUCUCAACCAUUGCAAGGAGAAACAUCUUAG